AUCCUGGGAAUCAUGCCCUCCACCGCCACCAACGUUGCCAUGGCUGGCGUCGGUGCCUUCGCGGCAGCGGGUGCCUUGAGCGGUGCCUUCGUGGCGCCUGCUGGCCAGGUUCAGCACAGCGAGCCGCAGAUGCAGAGGACCAACCUCCGUGCCGCUGGCUAUGGCUCCUCUCAGGCUGCCGGUGUUGGUGCUAUGGCCGGCCUCGGUGCCCGAGCCAGCAAGGGACGCACCUCCAUGCAGGCCGUGGGCGUUGGCAUCAAUGGCUUCGGCCGCAUCGGCAGGCAGGUGGCCCGCAUCGCCAUGAAGGAUCCGGAGACCGAGCUGAAGUUGAUUAAUGCCAGUUACGAUGCCGAUUACUUGGCUUACAUGAUGAAGUACGAUACGAUCCACGGGAAAUACGAUGGAACCGUGGAGGUUGAUGGCGACUCCCUGGUCAUUGACGGCCAGAAGGUGGCCUUGUCCCACACCCGUGAUCCGGCUGAGAUCCCCUUCGGCGAGCAUGGUGCUGAGUACGUUUGCGAGUCCACCGGCGUGUUCCUGACCACCGAGAAGGUGCAGCCCCACUUGAAGGCCGGUGCCAAGAAGGUGAUCUUCUCCGCUCCCGCAAAGGAUGACUCCCACACCAUCGUCAUGGGUGUGAACGAGGACACCUAUGAACCCAGCAUGGAGGCCGUGUCCUGCGCCUCUUGCACUACCAACGGCCUGGCCCCAGCCGUCCGUGUCCUGCAGGAGAAGUUCGGCAUCAAGCGCGGCCUGAUGACCACCUGCCAUGCCAUGACCGCUUCCCAGCCCACCGUGGAUGGCACCUCCAAGAAGGACUGGCGCGGCGGCCGUGCAGGCCCUGGCAACAUCAUUCCGAGCUCCACCGGCGCUGCCAAGGCAGUGGCGAAGGUCAUUCCUGAUGUGAAGGGCAAGCUGACCGGCAUGGCCUUGCGCGUGCCGACCAUCGAUGUUUCCGUGGUCGACCUCACCGUGGAAUUGGAGAAGGAGACCACCUACGAGGAGAUCUGCGCCGAGAUGAAGAAGCGGUCUGAGGGAGACAUGAAGGGUUACCUUGGGUACACGGACGAGGCCCUUGUGUCCACGGACUUUGAGACCAACCCUAUCUCUUGCACUUUCGACUCCAAGGCUGGAAUCAUGCUGGACCCCACCUUCGUCAAGGAGUGGGGCUACAGCUGCCGAGUUGUCGACUUGAUCAAGCACAUGGCGAAGGAGGAUGCCAAGGCAUAA